CUCCUUUUCCUUCUCCGUUUGAACCACCUCCCUUCCCCCCAGAGAAAGAUGCCCUUAACUCUGGGGCGUGAAGAAGGGAGAGAAGCCGCCUCAACAGCCGCCGCCUCGGUCCUCUGAAUUCAGAAAAGCCCCCAGCCUUCCCUCCCUCGCUCUCUUCCUUCCGUCCGUCCCUCCGUCUGUCCGCGCGUCAGUCGGGGGCCUUGGGAGCCUCGGAAACGGCCCCGAGGGGACAGGGAGGAGGAGGAGAAGGAGGAAGAAGAGGAGGCGGUGGCCAGCGGUGCUGGGGGAGCCGAGAGACCCAAGACCGCGACCUCGGCGCCCCUGCGGACAGACAGACGGACAGUCGGCCUGACUGACAGCCAUGGAGGGGGUUUGUCAGUGGGGUUAGUUAGCCCUCUGCCGUGGGAGCCGGGGGUGGAUCGAUCGCCACCCCGCUCCCUCUUCGCUCUCCCUCCAGCUCCACCAGCCCCCGAGGAGAAGUGGGGGCAGAAAAAUGAAGAGUUUUAUUGGGAACCUUACGGAAAUAGGAAUGACUGCAAAGCCUUAGGGGGGGGCGGAAAGACGACUUUGGGAGGAAAAAGACUUGGCUGUGCUCUGUGGAGGGGCUGCUCCAGAGACCUCCAUCCCAGCCCCCCACCUUCGCCCCUGAAGAAAUUGGCCACCGAUGCAUUAUCCAAGUGUUGGUGGGGGGAAUUUACUGCAGGAUUUGGGGUUGCCCCUCCCUCUUGUUACACAUUUUGUUUUCUUCCUACUUUUUUCUGUCCACCCCACAAGAAGUGAAUUGCUAAUGCAAAUCGGGUUUUAUUCUUUAAUGAUGCAACGGGAUUAAUUUCAGGAUUAUGUUGCAUGAGUUGAAUUUUGAAUGAAGGAGAAGAAUUUUUUUUAAAGAAGUGUUGGCUAUUUGGUGGUUUACUUUGAAUUAUAAUAAUUAUUAUUUUGUUAUUUAAAUAUAAAAUUAUAUGUAUAUCCCUCCCCCAAAUGAAGUAAAUAUAUAAUAUUUUUUGGGGGGCAACUUUUCCCCAUUAAAAAAUGUGUAUGAGAAAUUGAACAGGCUUCAGCUAAGGAGGUUGUCACCGUGUUGGGCUUUUAAUUCAGCACCAGGACUGCACUGAUAGUCAUUUAAAUCACUACUGGUUUCUUUAAAAUAAAAAACAAAAAACAACCACCGUGUGCUUAAAAGUUAGGUUCAAGUCAUAAAAACAGUACUAAUAAUUGAAAGGACGACCAACAAAAAUUGAAGCAACCAUGUCUGGAGAGGUGCGUUUGAGGCAGUUGGAGCAGUUUAUUUUGGAUGGGCCAGCUCAGACCAAUGGGCAGUGCUUCAGUGUGGAGACUUUGCUGGAUAUACUCAUAUGCCUUUAUGAUGAAUGUAAUAAUUCCCCGCUGAGAAGAGAGAAAAAUAUUGUUGAGUACCUGGAAUGGGCCAAACCAUUCACUUCUAAAGUGAAACAGAUGCGAUUACAUAAAGAAGACUUUGAAAUAUUAAAGGUGAUUGGUAGAGGAGCUUUUGGGGAGGUGGCUGUUGUAAAACUAAAAAAUGCCGAUAAAGUAUUUGCCAUGAAAAUAUUGAAUAAAUGGGAAAUGCUGAAAAGAGCAGAGACAGCAUGUUUUCGAGAAGAGAGGGAUGUAUUAGUGAAUGGAGACAACAAGUGGAUUACAACUUUGCACUAUGCCUUCCAAGAUGACAAUUACUUAUACCUGGUUAUGGAUUACUACGUUGGUGGGGAUUUGCUUACUCUGCUCAGCAAGUUUGAAGAUAGACUGCCUGAGGAUAUGGCUCGAUUUUACUUGGCUGAGAUGGUCAUAGCCAUUGAUUCAGUGCAUCAACUACAUUAUGUGCACAGGGAUAUCAAGCCUGACAAUAUUCUGAUGGAUGUGAAUGGUCACAUUCGGUUAGCGGAUUUUGGUUCUUGCUUGAAACUCAUGGAAGAUGGAACAGUUCAGUCCUCUGUGGCUGUUGGAACCCCAGACUAUAUCUCUCCAGAAAUCCUUCAAGCCAUGGAAGAUGGGAAAGGAAAGUAUGGACCAGAGUGCGACUGGUGGUCUUUGGGUGUCUGCAUGUAUGAAAUGCUCUAUGGAGAAACACCAUUUUAUGCAGAAUCUCUGGUGGAAACAUAUGGGAAAAUCAUGAACCACAAAGAGAGGUUUCAGUUUCCAGUUCAAGUGACAGAUGUGUCUGAAAGUGCUAAAGACCUUAUUCGAAGGCUCAUUUGUAGCAGAGAACAUCGACUUGGUCAAAAUGGCAUAGAAGACUUUAAAAACCACCCUUUUUUUGCUGGUAUUGAUUGGGAUAAUAUUCGUAACUGUGAAGCACCUUAUAUCCCAGAAGUUAGUAGUCCUACAGAUACUUCAAACUUUGAUGUUGAUGAUGAUUGUUUAAAGAAUUCUGAAACGAUGCCCCCUCCAACCCAUACUGCAUUCUCUGGUCACCAUCUGCCAUUUGUUGGUUUUACAUAUACUAGUAGCUGUGUUCUUUCAGAUCGAAGUUGUUUAAGAGUUACAGCUGGACCUCCCUCAAUGGAUGUUGAUGUCAAUAUUCAGCGAACUUUGGAGGACAGUUUAGCGACUGAAGCUUAUGAACGGAGAAUAAGACGUCUUGAGCAGGAAAAACUUGAACUUAGUAGAAAGCUUCAAGAAUCAACACAGACAGUCCAGGCUCUUCAAUAUUCAACUGUAGAUGGCCCAUUAACUGCAAACAAAGAUUUAGAAAUAAAAAACUUAAAAGAAGAAAUUGAGAAGUUGAGGAAACAAAUAACAGAUUCUGAUCAUCUAGAACAACAAUUGGAAGAAGCUAGUUCUAUGAGGCGAGAACUAGAUGAUGCUUCUAGACAAAUCAAGGCUUCUGAGAAACAAAUAAAAAUGCUAAAGCAAGAAAGAGAAGACCUUAAUAAGGAACUAAUCGAGUCUAGUGAGCGAUUAAAAUCCCAAACCAAAGAACUGAAAGAUGCACACAGCCAGCGGAAACUGGCCAUGCAAGAGUUUUCGGAGAUGAAUGAACGGUUGACAGACUUGCACUCCCAGAAACAGAAACUUGCCCGCCAAGUCCGAGAUAAGGAAGAGGAGAUGGAACUGGUGAUGCAAAAGGUUGAAAGCUUAAGGCAAGAACUGCGCAAAACAGAAAGAGCCAAAAAAGAGCUGGAAGUCCAUGUAGAAUCUGCAAUUGCAGAGGCAUCUAAGGACAGGAAACUACGUGAACGGAGUGAACAGUAUUCUAAACAGCUGGAGAAUGAAUUGGAGGGAUUAAAGCAAAAACAGAUUGGUCGUUCACCAGGUAUAAGCAGCAUAGAACAUCAGCAAGAGAUAACCAAACUAAAGGCUGACUUGGAAAAGAAAAGUAUCUUUUAUGAGGAGGAAUUAUCAAAAAGGAAUGUAAUACAUGCAAAUGAAAUUAAAAAUCUGAAGAAAGAACUGCGUGACGCAGAAGGCCAGCAGCUUGCCCUUAAAAAGGAGAUUAUGAUUUUAAAAGACAAAUUAGAAAAGACCAGGAGAGAGAGCCAAAAUGAAAGGGAAGAGUUUGAAAGUGAAUUUAAACAAAAAUAUGAACGAGAAAAGAUUCUGUUGACUGAAGAAAAUAAAAAACUCUCAAAUGAGCUUGAUAAGCUCACUGCUAUGUUUGAGAGAUUAAGUAUAAAUAACCGACAACUAGAAGAAGAGAUGAGAGAUCUAGCAGACAAAAAGGAAUCGGUUGCACAUUGGGAGGCCCAAAUCACAGAAAUUAUUCAGUGGGUGAGUGAUGAAAAGGAUGCACGAGGGUAUCUUCAAGCUUUGGCCUCUAAAAUGACAGAGGAACUGGAAGCAUUGAGAAAUUCCAGCCUUGGAACAAGAGCAACAGAUAUGCCCUGGAAGAUGCGCCGUUUUGCAAAACUGGAUAUGUCCGCUCGGUUGGAGUUGCAGUCAGCUUUGGAUGCUGAAAUUAAAGCCAAACAGGCCAUCCAAGAAGAGCUUAAUAAAGUGAAAGCAUCGAACAUCUCAACAGAAUGCAAACUGCAAGAGUCAGAGAAGAAGAAUGUGGAACUGCUUUUGGAAAUUGAAAAACUGAAGAAGGAGACUGAGGAGCUUAAAUCCGAAAAGGGUGUAAAGCACCAAGACUCACAGAAUUCUUUCUUGGCAUUUUUGAAUGCUCCUACCUCUGCUCUGGAUCAAUUUGAAGAUUCCUUUUCUUCUUCCUCAUCUUCACUGAUUGAUUUUUUGGAUGACCGCUCUCCAUCCUGUAUUCCAGCUAGCAAAGGCAGACGUAUUGAUUCAGUUGAGAACUUUACGUUGUCUAACCCUACUUCACGGGAUGAGGAGGUCAAGUCUCACCUCCAGUCAAGGUCCAGGUCUCCUUCCACAGCUAGUGACAUUGAACCAAUUGAGGUUACAGACCACCCUCCACGUUCAGUUCACACACCAACAAUGAGAUCAGCAUAUAUUGGAUCUGGCAUCUCUGUACCUAAGCCGAAGGCCCACCAGUUUGUAGUAAAGUCGUUUAACACUCCUACCAAAUGUAAUCAGUGCACAUCUCUGAUGGUUGGUUUGAUAAGACAGGGCUGUGCUUGUGAAGUAUGUGGAUUCUCAUGUCAUGUUACCUGUGCGGACAAAGCUCCAGCAUUUUGUCCAAUUCCUCCUGAACAAACAAAAGCCCCUCUGGGAAUAGACCCACAAAAAGGAGUUGGAACAGCAUAUGAAGGCCAUGUUAGGGUCCCCAAACCAGCUGGAGUGAAGAAAGGUUGGCAGCGAGCAUUGGCUGUGGUUUGUGACUUCAAACUCUUCCUAUAUGAUAUAGCUGAAGGAAAAGCAUCCCAACCCAGUGUGGUAGUCAGUCAAGUGAUUGAUAUGAGGGAUGAAGAGUUUUCCGUGAGUUCAGUUUUGGCAUCUGAUGUUAUUCAUGCAAGCCGAAAGGAUAUCCCCUGUAUUUUUAGGGUAACAGCUUCUCAGCUUUCAGCAUCAAGUAACAAAUGUUCAGUCCUGAUGUUAGCAGAUAGUGAGAAUGAGAAGAGCAAAUGGGUGUGCUUACUGAAUGAACUGCACAGGAUUUUGAAGAAGAAUAAACUUAAAGACCGUUCAGUCUACAUCCCUAAAGAGGCCUAUGACAGCACUCUUCCCCUCAUUAAAACAACCCAAGCAGCAGCCAUCAUAGAUCAUGAAAGAAUAGCUCUGGGAAAUGAAGAAGGGUUAUUUGUUGUGCAUGUCACAAAAGAUGAGAUUAUUCGUGUUGGUGACAAUAAGAAGGUUCAUCAGAUUGAACUCAUCCCAAAUGAACAGCUCAUUGCUGUGAUCUCAGGACGAAACCGCCAUGUGCGACUUUUCCCCAUGUCUGCUUUGGAUGGACGAGAGACUGAAUUUUUUAAGCUGGCAGAGACUAAAGGUUGCCAAACCAUAGCUUCUGGACAGGUGCGCCAUGGAGCUCUUACCUGCCUGUGUGUGGCUAUGAAAAGGCAAGUCCUCUGUUAUGAACUAAAUCAAAGCAAGACCCGUCACAAAAAGAUGAAGGAGAUCCAAGUCCUGGGUAAUGUCCAGUGGAUGUCAGUCUUCAGUGAACGACUCUGUGUGGGAUUUCAAUCAGGAUUCCUCAGAUAUCCCCUGCCUGGAGAAGGCAGUCCACACAGCUUGCUCCAUCCGGAUGACCAUACACUGUCAUUUAUUGCACAACAACCAACUGAUGCAAUCUGUGCAGUCGAGAUCUCCAAUAAAGAGUAUCUGCUGUGUUUUAGCAGCGUUGGAAUAUAUAUUGACUGCCAGGGCAGAAGAUCAAGACAGCAAGAACUGAUGUGGCCUGCAGUACCAUCCUCCUGCUGUUACAAUGCACCAUACCUUUCAGUGUAUAGUGAAAAUGCAGUUGAUAUAUUUGAUGUCAAUUCCAUGGAAUGGAUUCAGACAAUCCCCCUCAAGAAGGUGCGACCCUUGAACACAGAAGGAUCAUUAAACCUUUUAGGGUUGGAGACAAUUAGAUUAAUAUAUUUCAAAAAUAAGAUGGCAGAGGGGGAUGAGCUAGUAGUCCCUGAAACAUCAGAUAAUAGCCGGAAACAAAUGGUUCGAAGCAUCAAUAAUAAAAGGCGUUAUUCCUUCAGAGUCCCAGAGGAGGAAAGGAUGCAACAGAGGAGGGAGAUGCUACGUGAUCCAGAAAUGAGAAAUAAAUUAAUUUCUAACCCAACUAAUUUUAACCACAUAGCACACAUGGGUCCAGGAGAUGGAAUACAAAUCCUGAAAGACUUGCCCAUGCCAGGUUUCCCUCAUUCAUCCCCUCAUCAUCACUCCAGCCUGAUCUCCUCUCCGAUCAACUUUGAGCACGUCUAUCACAUGACUGUUAAUUCUGCUGAAAAAUUCCUCUCUCCUGAUUCCAUAAACCCUGAAUAUUCCCCGUCUCUGCGUUCUGUCCCUGGUACACCAAGCUUUAUGACUCUAAGGAACCUCAGGCCUCAAGAAAGCCGGACAGUGUUCAGUGGCUCUGUCAGUAUUCCAUCCAUCACCAAAUCACGCCCUGAACCAGGACGUUCCAUGAGUGCUAGCAGUGGGCUGGUAGCAAGGUCAUCUUCACAAAAUGGUAGUGCGUUAAGGAGAGAAUUCUCAGGAGGAAGCUAUGGGACAAAACGGCAACCUAUGACCUCUCCUUCAGAUGGUUCAUUGUCUUCUGGAGGUAUGGACCAAGGAAGUGAUGUGCCAGCAAGGGACUAUGAUCGAGAGGACUCUGAUUCUCCAAGGCAUUCUACAGCUUCCAACAGCUCCAACCUCAGCAGCCCUCCCAGCCCCAUUUCUCCUCACAAGACCAAGAGCCUCUCUCUGGAGAGCACUGACCACGUGAGUUGGGACACAUGAACUGCUUCAGCAUUCAGAUCAGACAUCACAACGGCUUUUUAUCCCACGGCUCCCCUUCACUCACCUUGUUUUCUCGCUUUCAUCUCUUCCCCUCACUUCUGCCUGAAAAUUAUCUGGGGGCUGGUAUCAGAAGGGUGGUGGGACUAGGAAAUAAAAGGCUUACCUUCUGAUAUAAUUUAAAGGUGAAUUUUACCCCCAGAUUUAACAACAGCAGCAAAAAAGGGCAAACUUUUGUCAAAUUUAUUUGUAUUGAUUUCAUUUCAUACAGUUACAGCUGCUUUCAUUAUCUUUCACUCCCUCCAAAAAAUUUAGUAUGAAUAGACCAAGAUAACUAAAAAUGAUUAAGAUUUAAAUGAGCACUAGAGUCUCGUACUGUAAGAUAGCACAAUGAACCCAUGACUUUGUGGGGAGGAUCAGUACAUCAAAGAGCAUCAUAAAGCUUUCAUUCAGCCACCACAAUUGAAUGUUAAUCUGAUUGUUACCAGUGAAUCCUUACUAAUUAAAACAAUACAUAUUUUACUACAGUACAGAGUUUAAAUACACAGAUUUAAGAGUUAAAUACUGAUUGUAUAUAUUAAGAGAGAAGCAUCAUGUAUUCAGUAAAAGAUGGAUGCAUAUUUAAGAGAAAGAAAUCCUUUAAUUUAAAAGAAUUGUGUUGUUUCCAUAUGUUUUCAUGCUAAACAAUUUUAAAUGUUGAAAAGACCGGUUAAUAUUUGUUAAGAGAGAGAGGUAGAGAAAGCAACAUUCCCUUUGGAAGAUGCUGUUGAGCACAGAUUAUCAGAAGAGCAGUUUAAUUUCUCUUGUCAUCAGAGACAUCUUUCCUAUUUUCCGUAGUAGAAUUCAAGCCAUAAUCUUCAUUUUAAAAAUUACUCUUCUUAUCUCUUACAAAUGAAUGAAGAGAGAUUUCUUGCCACCCUCACAGCUCCUCCAUCCCAAAGCCAAUGGGCAGAGUUAUAGUUUCCAAAGGGGUGGGUCUCCCUAAAGAUCACAGAAGUGCUUUUUUCCCCCUGGGAUCCACUAUACCUCCCCAGGCUAUAAUAAUAUCACUGCAGUUUAGAGCAGGAGACAGUUUCUCUAGAAGGAACUCAUUUUACUUCAAAAGGGAAUGAUCUUCCUCUAAUUGGCCUGAAAACAGUUUACCAAAUAGCUAACACCUCAGUCUGCCAAAUGCAUGUGUUUUUAGCAGCCUUGACCAAAUAUUUUCUUAGUUUCACCUGAGGAUAAUUUUUUAAAGAUUUGACACAAAGGAUGUUUAUGUUUUAGUUAGUUAGUCAACCCAGAAUUGUCAGUUCUACCAAGAUUCCUUCCAAGAUUCCAAGCAGAUUUCCUUCUUGGCUGGGUUGGUUGUGUUGUUCGUUGCAUUUUGCUCCUCCACUGUUGAGGGACAUCACAGGAAAGUCAACUGAGAACAAACAAAACUCCAUUUUUCUCACAGUCUAGGUUAAUCUGAAGUUCUCGUACUUCUGUCAUGAGAUGGAGGUCUGAAGCCAUUUCUCCCAUCAAGUAACACCAGUAGAGAAGGGAGGGAGGGAAAGAAAGAGAAAUCAGCCUCUUGGAUUCUCUUCUUAUGAGCUUCACUAAAAAUAGAAAUCAACACAAUUUGCUCUCUUCCCAGGGACACUCACUAAUGUUCCACCACAUUAAAAUAAUUUUUUCCCUGUGUCAUAAAUUUAUAUCUCAGCAUUUGUGCUGUAUCAUUUGACCACUGACAACCAUGCAUUCAUUCUACAUUCCUGUGGUAACAGCAGUGUCAAUUUUUAUUAGUCUGUCCACUCUGAGAAAAAACUUACAGAGCUUUUCAGAGGAGAGGGAUUGGGCUGGGGUUAUUUUAUAGACAUACAAAUAGGAGAAUAAAAGAAAAAUUAUAGUUAAUGCCAUUAGACAUGCUGGAGUCUAUACCUGUUCUAAAAUUCUAAAAUUUUAUUUUGUCAUGGGCACACUUGUUCCAAAGUACUAGUUACCUCCAAGUUAUUUUGCUUUUGGAAAAAUAUAAAGUUUUUGCAUUUUAAGAGUUAUUUAACACAGUUUGACUUGUUCAGUUAUCAAGUUGCUAUCUUAAUGUUUCAUUGUCAUUUGAAUCUAACAUUUUCCUCAAUGUGGCAUUUAGCAUUAGAAAUGAUAGAAUACCAGCAAAUGUGUGUCCUUGCCCAGCUCUGCUCUUCUUCAUUACUAGUGUGUUAUGAGGAAGACAAAGCAGACAAAAGGACAUACACCCCCAGGGAGCACCUUAUUUUCAAGUCUUGUCUGUUAUUCUGCUCAAGCCCUUCUUAGGGAUUUCUCUUUCCUAAGGAAGUAUCAUAUCAUGCCAGUAAACCCUUUGGUUCUGGGCCAUCUUAUGGCCCCAGACUGCAUAUAGACAGGAUCAUUGCUAAGGCCAGAAAGUGAGCCUACUUAAGGAUCGGGCUCCAUUUCAAACUGAUCACUGUCUCAGACCUCCCAGAAGAGGAGAAAUGUACAGGAUGAACCCCAGCACCUGUACAGAGAGCUCCAGCUCACACCAUGUCCCGCUUGACCCAUGCCAGAGCUAUCAUUGGAGUAGCCUCCCAGUUAUGCUUUUUAAUGAAGAGUUGGUUGUAAUAGGGUAAUUUCAAUAGGAAAUUUAUUGCAGUAUCUCCCCCCCCCAAAAAAAAGUCAUUUUUGGCAAGGAGGGGAGACACUUUUAUAUUUUAUCAUCACACUACCCUCAAAUGCAUAGCAUAAUACAUUCAGUAUCUUCUGAGAAGGCACCCGGAAAUUCACUGAAGGCUCUCUGGAAAAAAGGAUCCAAAGAAAGAAAAAGAAACUUGUUAACCAUUGGAGGAGUCCAGUGGCACAUGAUUGAAAAGAUGCUUCCUAUCUGUUCUUAGUACUGCACAUAGAAUCUCUUAUUUAUCGUGGGUAAUUUGGGUACGUGUGGAAGGAAUACUUUCUCUUCUUGAUAGAAAGGAAAGCUACGUCUUAAAGGGCGUUUUGCCCAGCAUCUGUCUCUGAGGGUUGGGAGCUGUGGAGUUUUGGUUCUGGUGCUAGGGGCAACUGCACAGUUUAAGCUACAAACCUGCCUGGUGUGUUGUCUGCCCUUGAAUCUUGAGUAAUUUCAUCAUGUGCUUUUAAUGUACACAGUACAUGUACAAUUUUUGCCAAAAUUGAAAGCCUCAGAGGUUGCUGAAGUAAGUUGCAUUUGUUUGAUUAUUUAAAAAUCCAGCUAUUGCCAGUAAUUUGGGCACUUUCUUUUGGAACAUAGCUUUAGAGUCAUAAAUUAUAACUGCUGUUAUUUGUUCAUUUGGCUUCCCAAGAAAUUCCUGGUUCCUACACUUAAGCAAUCACACACAUCCCCAAAUCCCCUGAAUCUAAAACAAUUUUGUAACAAGUUGUCAUUCUUCAGUGGCCUUUCGGCCCCUCUCUGCCUUUCUUGUGGUCAGAAAUGUAUCUUAUCACUUAGUGACUGCAUAUUACUGAAUUGUGUAUCUGAGAAAGAGAUUUUGAGCCUGAUGGAACCAUGACUGAUUGAAUUUAUAUUAGACUCUCAGGUAUUGCCUAUGCAUUGAUGGGGGCAGUGAGAGCAACCGUCCCUGAUUCCAGCAGGAAAAGCAUGUAAAACUGUAGCUGAGCUGGAUUCAGUGGCUUUGGAGUCAUCAGAAACACUCUGGUCUCGAAGCCAAAGUGUGUUUGGAUAAGAUACGUUAUGUCAGUUCUCCAGAUGGGGAAGCAAGAUGUUGAAAAAUCAGGUCAACUUGAAUUUUUAUGUUUAGGAACUUCUAAUAGGCCAGACUUUAUAAGUGACAAUGGUGGCCAAAUACAUGAGAGAUAAUCAGGCAUUUUUCUCAUUCUUUUCUGUCCCUCCUCUCCUCCUGCCCCUCAUUUCAUUCUUUUCUGAACUAUAUAAAGAAGUGUUUGACAUUUCAUUUCACCCACAAGAUUCCCAGUUGUGACUUUAGUGACUUAAUCCAGGCCAAAGUUCUUAGAAUAAUCCUGCUUGAUGAGAUGAUGGAUGGGGGGUGGAAUAUGCUUACAUAGUUCAGCGGGCCCAGGACUCCCAAACAACAUAGCUGCCAUAGAUGUUUUGUUUUCCAUUUCUCUGGCAUUUCCAUCAGGGAAUCUGUGAUUUUUCUCUUCCUUUCCAUCCACAUUUGAAAAUAUGAAACAAAAAUAAACCUUCUGUUACAUGUAAGAAAUAGCCUCAGUUGUGGGGAAGAUUUGAUAAAGACACAAACCAUUCUUGAUGUUUCAGUGGGGAAAAAAAUGACCUGCCUUUUUUAUGUCUGACAGUUUCAUAUCAUUUAUUUUUUAAAAAUAUAUUUUUAGGGUUUUUUUCAUUGUAAUAUUAUUGUACAGUUUUGCAUGACCUAGAUGUAAUCACUUUUUUGUUUAGAGUAUAAAAGCUGACAAGUCUGUGUGGAGGGGGAAAGAUACUGCUUUGGCCUCUUAUCAUUUUUUAUUUUAUUUUGUUUGGAUUGAUGCCCUUGAUGUUGUAGGGGACUUUAUAAGAGAUUCUCUGCUACCAAACAAUGAUGUGGAUUCUUUUGCACAGAAAUAUUUAAGGUGGGACAGUCCGAAAUGUAAUGAAUGACUUCCUCACCAAUACUUUAUGUUGGUGACACACUUAAUAUUAACCUGACUUUGAUGUAUUGCAAUAAAACAGGGAACUGUUAGAAA